AUGAAAUUCUUACUGUGCAUUAUCAUCGCAAAAUCAUUUGUCAUAGCGCCAUAUGAGAUUAAUGACUCAUCUAAGAGUCAAGAGAGACUUACAAAUGCCAAUGAAAUGGUUUUUAGCACAACAGGAACGCCACUGGAUUUUACCAUAAAAAACAUUUACACAAAACAUGGAAAAAGAGUUGGAAAGGCAUUGUAUACGGAAAGUGGACGUUUUCUAAGUCUUGAUGGAGAUGAAAUACAUAUGACUCAACUCGUGCCUACCGAGGAUAACGGUACUACCAUUGAUGAAAGAAUAGAUAUAGGAUUAAGUGAUAAUGAUUUUGACGCUCUAAAUACUUCAGUAGAUCUCUUAGAGCUUCAUAACAAAAUUUUUAAUAUUAGCAAACUGGGAAAAUGUCUAGUAAGAAAUUCGAAUAAAAAUCUGUCAGUUGGUUCAUGCAAAUCAAAUCAAGCAAAAUUUAUAUUAAUUGAAUCUGAUAAAGAUAGAAAGAAAAAUGAAAAAACAAUAAAAUCAAAAGAAGAAGAAAAAGGUGGUAAAGAUACAAGCACAAAAACAGAUACUAAUUCAAAGCCAACAAACACAGGAACGCCUGCAAAUACGACUUUUAUUGUUUUAAAUGGCAAAAAUACAUCCGAACUCGACAGUAUUCAAUCGUUGAUUUUAGGAAAUAAAGCUCUACCAUUACAAGUGAGAAGAGAACAUACAGAUUCCAAGCAAAGACAUAAGAAUUCGAAAAGAAGAAAACCACACAGCUCACCUGAUGAAGAAAGUACAGAUUUAAAAAAAGAAAAGGUGGAAUCGCGCAGCAUGUCUGAUGAGGAAUAUUCCCCGCAACUAUCAGAAGAUAAUGAAGUGUCAGACCCCGAUGAUAAUAAAUAUAGAAGACGAAAAACAAGCAAAAAACCACAGUCAAGAAACAUGGGUAUAAAUAAAAACUUACAAACGAAUGAAAAUAAUGUCAAAUCACAUCCACAACCUAUAAUUUUAGUUCCAGUGAAUCAAACUCAACCGUCAGCUAUUCAACCUUCACCCAAUAGUCAAAUCAUGCCGUCAUCAGAAGGUAUCAUACAAAAUCCAUCAUUCUAUUCUCAGCCUUCAAUGAGCCCAAUACCAAAUCAACCAACAAUCAAUCAUACUCCUUCAUAUCCCCCGCAAACUGGUAGUGACUACAAAAAAGAUCUUAACAAUCUCAACAGUUAUACAAGUCCUGCACCAUCAUAUACAUCUCCCUCACAAACCAGCUCAUUCGCACAGCAAUUGCCAUCUGCAUCUCCACAACAGAUAGGUAACAAUCAGCAAUAUUCUAAUUCUAAUACACUACCUAACCAAUAUAUUCAACAACUGUCUAGCUUUUUAGCUAAUGGAAUUCCAGUUAUUCUUGGAAACAACCAAUCUACACAAAGUCCUGGCACUCACAACACCAUUCCAAGUUCUAUUCCUCAAACUGUACCUAACACUACAACACCUGGGGAUACACAAAUGCCUAAGCAACCAGAUUACUCACAAAGCUUACCAAUAGACAUAAAAGGAUUACAGCAGCAGUUGAUGAAUGUUUUAGGAAUGGGGUCAUAA